CCGCAGUCCAGCAAUGAACGCGCAGCACGCGGAUAUUCAGGAUAAGAGUUCAGUUAACCGUACUCAGUGAGCCGUUAACAUAGUUUCGAAUCGCCAACGCAACUUGACGUAAUUUUGUUCACUUGCCGCCAAAGGCGUCAAACAUAAGUUGCUCGUGAAAUUUAUAUACAAGGACGUGCAUUAAGCUUGUGCAUGUGUGCGUGUGUGAUUUGUGCUCUCACUCUCUCUCUGUCUCCCUCGCACUGAGUCACUCUCUCUCUCUCUCUCGCUCGCUGACCAACUAUGACCCACGCAACUUUGGUCGCGGACAGGCGUUACAUUCGCCACGGCUACAAACUCGGUAUCCUUCUACGCCGCAACGACAACGUACUCGUUCCGGUCGAAUAGGAUCUGGUGUUAAAACCGCAAAUUCAACGUCCAGUUGCAAUAUUCACAGCGUGCCGCAGCAGCCGCAAAUAGAGCCCUGACACCUGCAUAAGCAUAGGUGGCUCUACGCAUACUCCACUCGCAUUUCGCGUCGCGUCGCCCGUUCCGCAAAAAAAACAACUCGGUAUUAGUUAUGCUAUUAUCUGCGCGCACUUGUGUGUGUGUGUCCGCGUGUGUGUGCGUGUGCGAGAUAUGCGUAUAUGCCAGCCUGCCAGCAGGCUCCACCACAGCUCCCACGAGCCGCCAGUCGCGCUGGCUGUCUUAACAACAUAGAAAUGCUGAUGCACAUGUAAUGUGAAACGAACUACGAAAAAAAGGGAGAACAAAAUUCCAAAUGAAAGCAUAAUUUAACAAUAACUUAACUUUUAACGAUACAUAUCAAUUUCGGUCUGAGUUUUGAUUUAUUAAUAGAUCAAAAACCAAUUUAAAUAAGCUAUAAAAUAUGCAAUAUCAAAUAUCAAAAAUCAAAUAUUUAUUGUAAUCUUUUCUAUCAACUAAAAUAUAUUUACGGUAAAUUAAACCGAAUACAAUUUAAGCAAAUAAUAGGCCAAAAACGUUAAUUAAAUUCCAAAGCGAAUCGAAAUUAGUCGUAAAAACCAUUAAACGUGAAAUUUCGCGAGUGUAAUCGUGUUUGUGUGCGAGUGUACGUGUAUGUGUGCGUGGGUUUGUACAUGUGUUUUUGUGUGUACUAAGCGGCAAAAUCGCUUUGUCAUGUAAUAUCUUUAUGUCGCGCAACGGAUCAAGUGCUUAAACGCUAAGUAAAAGCCUCCCAUGGAUUUAUAUGCAUAAAGGCGAGCACACGCAUGCUCCCCACUCCCCCCACACACAGCUAGAACGGCGAGGCGUCGUAGAAGCCGCAGAAGUUUAGCCGCGUACACGCAAACGGAUUAGCUGCAACAUAUAAAAGAAAAAACCAAGACAAACCAGAACCAAAAAAAAAAAAAAAAAAAAUAAAAUAAAUAAAAUAAAAAAAAAAAAGAAAAGAAAGAAACCCCAAACGAAAGAAAAGAAGACGUGAAAAGAAGAACACACUAGCACACAUAUUGAAAAGGAAGAGAACAAGCCAGAGGGCAGCCUCCUGGCUGCGACUUAGCCUCGUGCACGCUCUGCCACCUGUCAUGACGUCAACGCACUGGAAAUGGCCAAGCAAUUAAGCUGUUAACGAUGUACGUGCACUUAAGAGCCGCUCACACAGACAGACAAGCUGCGAGCGAUCUGUAAGCAGAAGCGACCCGUGCAGCUGUGGUAAAUGUUGCUGAUUAAUUUCAAGUGAGGGGAAGUACCUGCACCUGUCUACUGGACGCCGAUUGCGCAACAGCCGAUGACAAGAUGUUGAAGCCGAUUACUUUCAUUAUAGGUAUUUUUUAUUUAGGUUCGACCAUUAAAGGUGCCGUUGCGAUCUUGAACUGCAUUUUGGCCAGACAACUGUGCUUCGAGGAUCCCUCAUGCUCGGCCAUUUUGGAAAUAAUACCACGCGUCUGCGGGCCCAUACCAGUGUCCUGCAGCACGGUGACGGUCACAAAAUGCCAAGCGGCGCUGCGCACGCUGCAGGCGUUUCAAUUCUUUCGCCCCACCUGCCUGUGCAAGGAGCCCGGCAUGGAUCCCGAUUGCAAUCAUUUCCGGGAUUUUCUGUUCGAUCAUCCGUGCGGAUUUGUGCUCAAAAAAGCCGAAAAGGAUCCCUAUCCGAUUGACGCUCUGCCCACGUGCAACCAUGCGCUGUCCGUGUGCCAGCAGGAACGCAAAUGCCUAAAGCUCUUUGAGGACUUCAAGACGCACUGCAAGGUGCGCGAUAAUAAGUGCAAAAUGGAAAACAGGGAUGCCUGCCACGAUGCCUGGACUAAUCUGCGCUUGUCGCCCAUGUUCGGGUGCAUCUGUCCGAAUAAUCAUAUGAAAAAGCGCUGUGAUCGUAUUUUUAAUAUUGUUAAUCACAAUCCGUGUGUGGAUAGAAUAAUAUUUUUCCCCAAUGGGUUGCCGAAGCUAAAACCAAAGCCAAAAACGAAGCCGAAACCGACGCGAAAACAGAAACAAAAGCACGGCCAACGCAUCGGCCACGCCUUUAAUGGCACGGAGCUCUUGUCGAACAACAUCGAGUACCACUAUCAUGACGAGCCCAACAGUGGCAGGGAGCAUCCGGAGGAGGCGGACGCGGAGGAGGAGCAGGCAGAAGAUGAGGACGAUUCGGACGAUGAUGACUACGAUGAUCGCAUACGCGCUGAAAUCUAUUCAAACUAUCCGCACUAUUUGCAUCCGCCCUCGUGGGGCAUUAACAACCCGUUGGUGCUCGCCUCCCACAGUCCGCACACCUCCGAGGACGACGACGUGGUGGUCGACGUGCCCACCACCACCACGCACCACAGCCACAAGAAGCAGCCACAGUCGCCACCAACCCACACGGACGACCUGGAGCGCAGCGUUGUGGACGAUGUGGUAGUCGUGGUCGACACCGGGCCAGGACCUCGUCCGCACACACAUACGCAUCCACACACGCACACGUACUAUGCGCAUGGCGUGGAGCCACCGAGCACCGUUGGAACCAUUGCUGCAGGCAGCAGCGGCAGCGGCAGCGGCGGCAGCGGCGGCAGCGGCAGCGGCUUCAGCUCAACCAUAUCGCCUAACACCGGCACCAGCACCAGCACCAUCAUGCACAAACCAGCACAUCUGGGCGACUUUGUCGCCGGUAGCGAUAUCAUCCACCGCACUCACGCCGCCAGCACAAUGGACGAGAGGGUAAGAAUAUUGGGCAUGGACGAGAAAUUGCAUCAGAGAAUCUUCGAUGAUAAUUUGGCGGUUAUUGAUACGCCGUUAAUAGCGACGGGCGGCUCGGCGAGCAGCUAUAAUUAUCCGGGCUCGGUGUCCAACUCGCUGCACGGCGUGCUCAGCUAUCCGUUCAAUAUAAGCGGCUUUCAUCAGCGCCACAUGGCGGCGGGUGCGUCGGCGACAGGCGCCGGAAAUGAAUCGCCAUUCGAUAUUGUUGAUACGGGCUAUGGCUACGCCGGCAAUGCCAAUGGCAAUGGCAACGGAAACGGAAAUGCCGGUGUUUACUAUCAAAGUGGUCAGGACGUUGAAGUUGACCUCUCAACGGAAAUAAUCAAGCAACAUUUUCAGAGUACCUGCCACACAGCACUGGACAGCUGCCGGGAGGAUCCAGCCUGCUCAUCAUCGCUGCAACCAAUGCUGACGCAUUGCGAGCUGCAUCGCUGCAAUCGCAAUGCGUGCAUGACAUCAUUGCAGUCCUUCUACAAAGGACCGCACGAGGACCUGAAUCUGGACAUUGCCUUUUGUCUAUGCAAAAAAUCCGGCAACAGCAACAACAGCCCCAGCCUGCAGAACGGCAAUCGGCCCGACAUGUGCAUGAUUGCACAGGAAAAACUGCAUCCCGUCUGCGCUCAGAGGCCGCCCGAUAACAAUAAUCCAGCCAGCUCCAAUGGCAUUUACUACCAUCCGCCGCCCGCUUGCCACGUUGUAGCCGACAGCUGCAAAGAGUUUCGCGAGUGCAGACUCAAGCUGGAGUAUUAUGAGCAGGCCUGUGCCGUGGACAGUGUGACCAAGAAGUGCGCCGGCCGGCCCAGUGGCUGUCGCACCGCAAUGAUUGGCAUCCUUGGGACCAUGCUGCGCACCACAUGCGCCUGUCAGGGCACCGAUCCACAGCAUCUCUACCAGUGCGUAGGCUGGCGGCGCCUGCUCUGGAUGAAUCCGUGUGUGGUCGAGGCACAAAAGGACUUUCAUAUGAAGCGUCUGGCUGAAUUGGGCUUUCUGACGACGACCACAACGACGACAACAACCACGACGACCACGACCACUACGACUCGUGCCCCGCCACCCCCACCGCCGCCGCCUCCAACCACGACAACGACCACAACCAGCUUGCAGCCGAAGCAAACCCCAAGGAAGCCCGCCACGCAUAUCUUCAAAGCAAAGGAGAAAUCAGAGCCGGCAUCGGUGGAACACAAUUAUCUCGAUCCGCCCGACUCAGUGCCGCUGCACAGCGGAAACGAUGCCAGCGGAAAUGGCGGAAAUAACGAUUAUCAUGGCGGCAAUGAACACGACAACAAUCACGGCAAGGGGCAUGCACACGGACACGGGCAUGGCAACGGUAAUGGCAACGGCAAUGCCAACGGCAAUGGCAAUGGUAACGGGAAUGGGAAUGGGAACGGAAAUGGCAAGGGCGACCAUCGGCGACAGGGCAAGAAGAAUGGCAAUGGCCAAAACGCUGGCCUUGGCAGGCAGGGCGUAGAUUUCGAUGAUCCGGUAAUUUUUGUUGACCAAAUGGAAACAACAGAGCUGGUGCACAGCAUCAGCCACACAGAGCCGGCAACCACAGCGACCACAACAAUGGCGACCACAACAACAACCCAGCCACCAAGAAACUGUGUGGUGCAGCGACCCCAUCAAAGCGAUCAACACAUACGCGAAGGCAGCAGCAAGCGGAUCUACUCGUUGGACGACGCCGAGUGCAGCGAGCUGUGCAGCUGCGGCGACUCGCUUACACUCACCUGUCACGCCCUCUGCGUGCCCUUUGCGCCCUGUCGCACCGCCCUGGCGUUCUACAGUCACGCCUCGCCGGCUUAUCAGGCGUUCCGCGGCCGUUGCCUCUGCUACUCGGGACGUUUUAUCUGCAUGAAGCCACCGCUCGGGGAAUACAUUCUGCCAGGAGGCGUCUUCUUGCUGCUGGGCUAUAGCGCCGCCGAUGAGGCACUGCUGCGACCCCACACCAAUCUGGGCGUGCAGGAUGCUGUGCGCGCUCUGCAACAAUACGUGACAACCUACAUUAACAAUCAGACACAGUGCACUUUGACGCUGUUCAAUAUGACUGAGGAGAACAUCAUCAUUGCAGCGCGGCUGCCGCACGACGGCAAGCUGAAGGACAUCGAUCUGCUGCGACGUGAGAAGGACGAGUGCACCUCGAUACUGAAGACCAUCAGUCAUCAUAUCAACACCGAGCACAAUGAGCUACAAUCCCACCGACUGUUGAGCAUUUUCAAAAUGUCCGAAGUCGAUGUCGUCUGGCCGGAAAGCACGAGCGCCGCUCGCAGUGGCCAGACAGCGGCCAGCCGCCUGGUCUCCUUGUUGCUGCUCUCGCUGGCCCUAACCGUCCGUGGCACGCUGCGUCUGGCCGAGCAGCCAACAUGACACGGCAGUUAAAGCAGCAGCUGCAGCGCUCACCAACUGUAUGUAGUUUAUUUGUAAGCUGAUGUAAGGGGCGAGGGAACGGGGUCAAACGUGUGGCAUAUGGGCGCUUUAAGCAGUGCUCAUCAAAUACGAUACUAAACUAACAUAAAUAUAUAUAUAUAAUAUCUAUAUAUAUGUUUAGAGAGUACAUUUAGAGUGUAUGUGUCUGUGCGAUGUCUAAAUGUGUGUGUAGCUAAAGGAAAGGGAGUGCGAAACCUAUAUGAGCAUAAUACUUAAAUAUUCAGCAGCAUUAAAUGUGAGUUAGUUUAGUAUUAGGCAUCUAAACAUACAUAUGAAUAUAUGAGCAUAUGCAGAUACAUAUACAUAUACAUAUACAUAUACCUAUACCUAUGCAUAUGAUAUAAUGAAUUAGCGAAAUGUGUUGUAUACUUUUAGCAGCUAGCAGAAAUUUUGUGCGCUUUGUUGUUAACUUGAAGAUGCGAUCUUACUUUUUGAUACGUACUUACAUCUGUGAGGCAUUAAGUACUUGAUACACCAUUCGACUAACGAUAGCGAUAAUGAUAGCGAUAACGAUAACGAUAACGAUUAACUUUAUAUACUCAAACAAGUGAGGGAAUGAAACUGCUGUCUAUAUAAUAAUUAUCUUAAAAUUAAUGGAAAUUAUCUACAAUUACUAAUGCUAGCGUUUAACUAUAUACACAAUGAUAAUGAAAGGCAUCUGACAGAAAACUGUAUAUAGACUUGAUACUUGUUUAAGGUAUACACUUACAUACAUACACAUAUACACAUAUAUUCUUACAUAUGUAUAUGGAGAGCACACAAACGACGUAGCUAGUGUUUUAUACGAUAUAAGCUAUACAAUAUAUAUGCAAUACAUAUAUAUAUAUAUAUAUAUAUAUAUAUGUAUAUUUGUGUACAAAUUAUUUACUUACAUUCAACAUUCAUUAUCAUCCCUACAGCACACAGGGCAGAGUUAAUUGCAGUUUUUACACAUUAUGCCCCAUUAUUGUUUUAUUGUUGACACAAUUAAAAGCAGGAAGAAAAUAUGAGCAUGGGCAAGCCGCAGUUUAAAUACCCUAACACAACCCGCUGCUUAAUUUUUCAUAUUUUACUAUAUUUUACAUUAUUUUAUUACUAUUACUCGUCUUCAUCUUCGUUACAAUUCCAUCAUCUAUAUAAUUUUCAAUUUUCCGAAUGUCACUUGAAAAUCAUGGAGAGUCCCAGCUCUUUUUGCUAGGGUAUACACAAUGAAUGGCUUAAACUGUAGUUAAAUUAUUUAUUAAUUUAUUUAUUGUUUUGAGGUGCGAACAUCUUUUGCGCACAUACGUUUCCGCUUCUGAUAAUUAAAUUUGGACAUGAGAAAUAAAAUUGCUCAUUCAUUUCAAAGUUUUCCACACAAUAUGCAGGCCCUCGUGGCGCGAAGAGAAUUACGGUUUCAUUACCAAUUAUACUUUGCAUGGCUGAGUAUUUAAGUAAUUAUGCUUUUCUUACAGCAUACAUUUAAUGUAUUUGCUCUGCGAUUCUGUUGAGUGUCUUCAUUUGAAGAGGUUUCAUAUCAUGCAAUCGUUUAAUUUGGCCCUUCCCCAAAUGCUGUAAAUAAGUCGGGAAUAUAUUACGUUCUAUCAAAUACUAACAGUACAUAUCAAUGUGAACACCUAAAUAUACACGGAAUGUCGUAUAAACGAACCCUUUGUACAUACCUCUAUAUACAUAUGUACAUGCUAAUAUACACAACGAUACGUCUAAGUAUGCAAAUGAAACUAAACAAAGGAUAAAAUAUAUAAACAAUAACUAUUAUGAUCUACCCUAGCAGCAGCAACAGUAAAUCGAGAAAUAAUUGUACAUUGAACCGAACUUCAGUUGCGCCUUAAUAAACUAUGUAAAAACUAUUCAAUUUUGUGAAUAUGUACGUAUAGAAAAUUAUAAAUGCGUAAAUUCUAUGAAUAUUAAGUGAGUGUUUCUGAGACACUCAGUAAUAAACACAAACAGACAAACAAACACACACACACGCACUCACACACAGACAGACAAACAUACACACUUAAAGUCUAAGCUUGACCAUUUGAGCAGAGCGUUAAGCUAGCGCACACACACACACAUACACUCGUGCUCACACAGACACACGCACACACAAACAUAUAUGCAUCUGAUGAGUAUGAACGUGUCAAGUGUAGAGUGUAAAGUGCGCUGAAAAAAUGGUCACAAUCAUGAAAAAUGUCUUCCUUAAUGCAUAUAGAUAACGAUAUGUGUUACAUAUUCAUAUUUAUAUAUACAUAUAUAAAUAAAUAUAUACAUAUUACAUAUAUAUAUAGUACAUGCUAACAUGAUAUACCUAAAUAUACUCGUAUACCUAUACUAUACUAUAUAUAUAUAUAUGUUAUAACGCUAUUGGUGCACCCUAGCCUACGCUUCAGUUAGUGAAUAUUAGUCAAAGAGAAGGCGAAAUAAGAGAGAAUAAUGUAAACCAAACAUGGAUAAUUCAUAUGAAUAUCGAUAACCGACUAUCGAUUGUCGAUUAUAGCUUACAAGUUAUACCACUGUUGACACUAUUAUAGAACAAAUUAAAAAUACCAAAAAGCUGCAAUUAAAUGCAUAGUACAUUACAAUACAUAUGAGAGAAUUAUACAUACAAUAUAUCCUAAAUAAAUAUACAUAUAUAAUUAAACAAAUAUAUAUAUUUAUCGGGAAAUUGCAAUGCACUUGAAUAGUUCCCUAGGCCACCCAAUUGCAAGCGACCUUUAAUGAAGAGAACCUGCUUAUAGAACAGCUUGUAGCUAAUUAAUAUUAGACGAAUUUAAUGAUAAUUAUCAAGCCCGUAACGAAAAGCCGUUGUCAGACAGUUUUCGCAUAAGUAUCGUAAGUACCUAUCGGCAAUCUCUAUGGCAGUCGCUGCCCACUGCGAGCAUUGCAUUCAGCAUUCCCAGUUAGACAACCAAUCUGCAUUGCAGCCUCCGAUAUCUGCAUAUAUGUAAAUCUAACCGCUUUAACGAUUCGAUUAUUGUUUAUGUCCCUUUUACUUUGUCAUUGUGCUCUCGGGGCAGCACAGCACGAGGCGCAGCUACAAUGUAAAGUACCGUUAAACGAAAAUGAAUAAAAAAGAAAACAAGUCUAGAAAACCGCAGCUAGAUCAAUACUGUUAAGGAGGAAGCUACCUAGUCGAAACCUAUGUUAAAUAAUAGAAAAGAGAAAAACAAAAAAAAAAAAAAAAACAAAAAAUUGAAAUGGAAAUAGAAAAUAAAAUAAAUGGAAAAAGUACAUAAAAUAUGCAUGAGGAAUAUCAAAUAAGUUGAGGAAUUCAAGUUAAGCCUAGCGACAGCAAACUAAACGGAACACAAUAUAGAAUAUAGAUAAAUAUGCUAUGGUAUGUAGUACUUAAGUAAGAGAUAGAUGUAUUACUAUGCCAAGGGCUUCACACAGGACUAUGUGAGCGGCAGACCGGGAGGCAACCAGGUGGUAGUCGUGGCAUGUUUAUAAUGAAUAAUGAAAAAGCAUUGUAAAAGAAAAACACAAAAACAAA